AUGAGUUCCUACAAAGACGAAUCGUUUCCGCGCGAAAGCGACAGCCUCGACGAGGUUGAAAUGCAGGAAAGGGAGAGCGACUCAAGGGGCGAGCAAGAGGACCGGCUACUUCCCUCCGAAGACAUACAAGAAGCCGAGGAGCUGGAAUACAAGGUGGAAUGGCAUCUGCGAACCGGAUGGGCCAUUGCUCUGUCGAUUUUCGCAGCAGGAUUGGCCUUGGUUGGCUUAGUCCUGUUCACGAAGCUCUUCAUCGUGGGAGAGACGACGGCUAUUGAAGAUUUGGACGUGGAAGGGGAAGUGGUAGGAAUUGGAGGCUUCCGAAGACCAGCCAGCGACUACAUACUCGAUCCAUCUUGGAACAUCAAUGCAGCGCCCACAGUCAGGCGGUACAAAUGGACGGUGUUGGACAUUGUUGCGAAUCCGGAUGGGGUCUUCAGGCCAAUGAUUACUAUCAACGGGAAAUUCCCAGGUCCUAUGAUUGAGUGCAAUGAAGGGGAUACCAUUAUUGUGGACGUUGACAAUAGGAGCGUCAAUGCAACGUCAAUCCAUUUUCAUGGAAUAUAUCAGAAUGGCACAAAUCAUAUGGAUGGAACCUCUGGUGUCACUCAGUGUCCCAUUGCAUCGAGACGGAAAUUCCAGUACAAAUUCACAGUCACUGGACAAUCCGGCACUUACUACUAUCAUGGUCAUCAGGCAAUCCAAAUAUCUGAUGGUCUCUACGGGCCACUUGUCAUACACUCUCGGAACGAGAAAAAGUUACAGCACAUUCCGUACGCAACUGACCGAGUUGUGAUGCUACAAGACUACUAUCAUGAUCUUAGCAGUGGACUAUUGGUAACGAAUCUCGAACCAGGCAAUGAAGCUCCUCCGAUACCCAAUGGUGCCUUGAUCAAUGGCUUGAACAAGCGCGACUGCUCCCAACUGUCAGAGCGGUUGUGUGAUAACUCAACAGCAACGGUUCCAUCGUUCGACUUGGCUGCAAAUGCGUACCAUCGCUUGAGAUUCAUCAAUGCCGGAGCUUUCGCUUGGUUCCAGGUCUCUAUUGAUGAGCAUCAAUUCGCCAUAACCGAAGCCGACGGAACAGAUAUUGUCCCAACGUACGACAGCAGGAUGAUGAUUGCACCAGCUCAGCGUUACAGUAUGAUCAUCAAUACCAACCAGACCGAUACUGAUUUAUUUUGGUUGAGGGCAAGGAUGGUGACACAUUGUUGGUCCGAACCUGACCUUCCCGGACCUGGAGCGGAUGAGGUGAAAGCUAUCAUCCAAUACACAAAAUCGAAGCAACCGCAAAAGGGAUUACUUUCUCAGCCGACAUCCAGGACCUGGACGCAGGGCAUGGAGAUGCAGUGUCGAGAUAUGAACACCACUUUGUACGAGCCAGCAGCUUUUGAGCCAGCACCAUCAGUGGCAGAUUAUUCGUACUACAUCAGAGCAAAUUUGGAAAUUGGAGAUUGGAGAUUACAGCGUGGGUUCUUCAAUACGUCAACUUUCCGGGCCAAUCUUCAGAAUCCGACAUUGCGCCGAACUGUCGAGGGAUUAUCCAGCCAGAAUGAGACUUUCAGCUCCAUGCGAAACAUCGACGGAGUCAACGACAAAUGCUACGACAAGAAGAACGAUUUCACCAUUCAGCAUUCGGGCAUCAAAGUGGUUGAUAUGAUCAUCCAGAACUUCGACGAAGGCAGUCACCCUAUGCAUCUCCAUGGUCACAAAUUCUGGGUUCUCGGUCAAGGACAUGGCAUGUUCCCCGGUUACGAAAGUCUCGGAUUGAAGCCCGAAGGCAAGGGAACUCUCGAAAACCACGAGAAUGCCUUGGAUCGUAUAAUCCGCAGAGAUGUCGCAACACCAGAAGGCUUUGGCUGGCUAGCUCUGAGAUUCGUCACUGACAACCCAGGUGUAUGGGCAUUUCACUGCCACAUGGCAUGGCAUUCAGAAGCUGGAUUGAUGAUGCAAUUCGUGAGCCGCGUCGACGAACUCGCAAUCUGGCAGAUUCCCGAAGAAAAUCGUCAGCUGUGCGAAGCAAGCAUUGAAGAGCUCGAGAAAGGUGCACCGCCCAAAGAUGAGAAAUGGUUUGGUUUCGGAAUCGGCGGUUGA